AGUAAGGAGUAAAAAUGAACUCUCUUAGUCUCAUUGCUCUUUGUUGUGUAGUGGUUGUGUUUGGAGGGUUACCUUUCUCCUCAAAUGCACAACUUGAUCCAUUGUUUUACAGCAAAACAUGUCCUCAAUUACAGUCCAUUGUUCAAAAAGUCUUAGGGGAUGUUUCUAGGACGGAUACAAGAAUGCCUGCAAGUAUCAUCAGACUUCACUUUCAUGAUUGUUUUGUUCAAGGUUGUGAUGCAUCGGUUUUGUUGAACAAGACUUCUACUAUUGACAGCGAACAAGAUGCUGCUCCAAAUAGCAACUCCUUAAGAGGAUUGGAUGUUAUCAAUAACAUUAAGACUGCAGUGGAAAAAGCUUGUCCUAAUACAGUUUCGUGUGCAGAUAUACUUACACUUGCUGCUGGAAUAUCUUCUGUUCUGACCGGAGGUCCAGGUUGGCUGGUUCCACUUGGAAGAAAGGAUAGUCUAACAGCAAAUAAAGAUCUUGCUAAUCAAAACCUUCCAGGUCCCUCUAAUUCCCUUGAUGGACUAAAAUCUGCAUUUGCUGCUCAAGGCCUCAAUACAGUUGAUCUAGUAUCACUCUCAGGUGCCCAUACAAUUGGGAAAGCUCGUUGCCUUUUCAUCACUGAUCGAUUAUAUAACUUCGACAAUACUGGUAAACCCGAUCCAACACUUGAUAAAACAUACUUAAAAGAAUUGCAAAAACAAUGUCCUCAGAAUGGAGAUGGAAAUAACCGUGUCAAUUUUGACCCAACUACUCCUGAUAAAUUGGACAAGAACUUCUACAACAAUCUUCAAGUUAAAAAGGGUUUACUUCAAAGUGAUCAAGAAUUGUUCUCAACACCAGGUGCAGAUACCAUUAGCAUCGUCAAUAGUUUCGCCAACAACCAAAACGUUUUCUUUCAAAACUUUGUGAAUUCAAUGAUUAAAAUGGGUAAUAUUGGUGUGCUUACGGGAAAGAAAGGAGAAAUUAGAAAACAAUGUAACUUUGUUAACAAGAAAUCUUCUGAAUUGGAUCUUGCCAUAGAAUUAUUAGAGGGGGAGGAUAUGGUUAAGUUUAUAUAUGGAACUCAAAUUAAGCUUGGUUUAUGCUUAGUCACACUCACAAACAACAUCAAAAUGAACUCCUUUGGUCUAACAUUAACAGCUCUAUGCUGCAUAGUUGUUGUGCUUGGAGGGUUACCCUUCUCCUCAGAUGCACAGCUUGACCCUUCCUUUUACAAAAACACUUGUCCUAAAGUCCAUUCCAUUGUUCGUGAAGUCAUAAGAAACGUUUCUAAGACUGAUCCUCGUAUGCUUGCUAGUCUUGUUAGACUUCACUUCCAUGACUGCUUUGUUUUGGGUUGUGAUGCAUCUGUUUUGCUGAACAAAAGUGACACUGUCAUAACAGAGCAAGAAGCUUUUCCAAAUAUCAAUUCCUUAAGAGGUUUGGAUGUUGUGAACAGAAUCAAAACAGCAGUGGAAAAAGAAUGUCCAGACACAGUUUCUUGUGCUGAUAUUCUUGCCCUUUCUGCACAAAUAUCAUCUAUUCUGGCAGAUGGUCCUAAUUGGAAAGUUCCCUUAGGAAGAAGGGAUGGUUUAACAGCUAACCAAUCACUUGCUAAUACAGCUCUUCCAGCUCCUUUCCACUCAUUGGAUAUACUUAAAUCUAAAUUUAAAGAUCAAGGCCUCGACACAACUGAUCUAGUGGCUCUUUCAGGUGCUCAUACAUUUGGAAGAUCUCACUGCUCUUUAUUCGUUGAUCGAUUGUACAACUUUAGCAGUACAGGAAAGCCUGAUCCAACUCUUAACACAACUUAUUUACAAGAAUUGCGCAAAAUAUGUCCUAACGGUGGAUCAACAAACAACCUCGCCAAUUUUGACCCAACCACUCCCGAUAAAUUUGACAAGAACUACUACUCAAAUCUUCAAGGUAAAAAGGGUUUGCUUCAAAGUGACCAAGAGCUUUUCUCAACAUCUGGUGCUGAUACCAUUAGCAUUGUCAACAAGUUUAGUGCCGAUAAAAAUGCUUUCUUUGAGAGCUUUGAGACUGCAAUUAUUAAAAUGGGAAACAUUGGUGUCAUUACUGGGAACAAUGGAGAGAUUAGAAAACAUUGCAACUUUGUCAACAAAGAAUUUGCUAAACUUGGUCUUAUCACUGUGGCUUCUGGAGAAUCAGAAGAGGGCAUGUCUAGCUCGUUUUAAUUAUAUUAGGGGUCCCUACACUUGAAAUGUAGUGAAUGAAAAAGUACUAAUAAAGAAGAUAUAACUAGGCAUAUUCAUGGCAUGUGUCAUAUAGUUAUUAGGUGUGGUGCUUUGUGAGUGAAACUAUUUGUAUAUUUGAAUUAACGAUAAAGUUUGAUAAAAUCACGGUCAUACAUUGAUUUUAUUGAAACUUUAAAGUGCUAAUUUCAUCAAUAUCAUCAUUAAUUUAAAUAUGCAUGAAGUCUUUUUUUAA